GUGAUGAGUGAGGGCGGAGCGCGGAAGCAGGGUUGUGGGUGGUGUUGUUGAUGAGGGCGGGAAGGGAAAUGGCGAGGCCCCCGUCGGAUAUGAAGAAUAAGCGGAAGGAGGUGGAGGUGGAGGACGCCGGGGAAGUGGAGUCCGGAGGGGCCGAGAAGCGAAGUAAGCCUAAUGCUUUGAUUGAGCUCGGUGGGCGGGAGAGGGAUGAAGAUGAGACUAGCAGUAGUGGGGGUUCGUUGUUGAACACCGUUCAAAGGAUUUUGGAAGCUAGGAAACGCUUCCGGCCAUUGCCUGUGCUCAUGGGCGACAAGGUUGUGGAUCUCUCAGCGCUGCAUUCUCGAGUGAAUAGUAUGGGGGGAUACAGUAAGGUGACCGAGGCUGGGAUGUGGAGUGUGAUUUCGGAUGCUUUAGGAUUAGGGCUAGAAUGCGGACCAGGGUUGAAGCUGGUGUAUGUGAAAUAUUUGAAAGCAUUGGAGGCUGAUAAGUAUGUUAAAGUGGUGAAGAGCAUAUCCAGUUUGGAUGUGGCUCAACCCAGCAGUUCAGUGCGACCCAUUGGAUGCUGGGAGUCUGGGCCAACGAGCCGAGUUGCGGAACCAGGGUGUGAAAUGCAGGGAAAUGGGGAUAAUGGGGACUAUUUGCCUGAGGACUCGAUCGAGGGUCAUACAGUUACUCCGCAGCUUGCCCAUGGACAGCGGAAAGAAAGUGACAGCGGGAGUGAUAAUGCUGGGGCGGCAAUAUCAGAUGAAGAUGCCAUUGGGGAUCUACGAGUUAGACAUGAAAAUCAGCUGGAAUGUAGACAAUCACUCACGAGUGAGGAUUGGGCAACUACGUAUGCCUCAGGUGAACAUCUUGCUAGGAACUCCUAUGACAGGGGAGAUCAAGCUCAGGCGCUUAGAUCUGAUGAUGUUCCAGGUGCGAGCGAGGAUUGGUAUGAGGGAGAGAGAGAAGAAAAUAUCCUCCAUCAGCGGGAGGCCUUGUUUGGGAUGUUGGAGUGGAUAAAGCGAAUUGCCAUGAUUCCAGGGAACCCCCCAGCAGCGCUGGAAACAGAUAGUUCAGGGAAAAAUGACGAUUGGGUGAGUCAAUGCCAAAUGCUGACAGCCAAAGUGCGCUCUGUCCUUUGGAAGGAGCCUCGGGCUGGAGAUAGCUCCAUACAGGCAAAGCCAAUGCCUUCCCUGUAUUACGAUGAGCCAGUUCGACCGGAUGCCCAGGCUCUUGAGCGUUUACGAGCUACUCGAGAGCGACUGGCUCAUUAUGGGUUCCAGCCAGGCCUGGGAUCUAAUUGUAGAGGAGGAACGUCCUCGAAUCAGGACAGGAACGAUGCAUCCUACUGGGGAGCAUCGGGGGCUCAUGUCGGACAGCGCUCAGGCAGGCACUCGGUGAACUAUAGUGAAUCGGCAUUCGCUCGUUAUAACCAACAACGGAAAAAAAUUCCAAUUGGCCCGGAUUUUCAAGCGGACAUGGAUCGUUGGGUCCCACGAGAACUCUUGCACAGGAGUGGUGAUACUACUCAAGAUGAGUCUGGAGAAGGACCUAGUAGCAGCGAUGAGGAGGAUAACGACGAUAGAUGGCUUGGUUCACAAGUAUGGCCUCAGCCCUGCAGAGGGGGAAUAGACACUCCAUUGAGGGUAGGCAAAGGACGGCCAGCAUCUUGCGAUUGUCAUGAGCCUGGUUCUAUGAAUUGUGUGAGAUUGCAUAUCACUGCGGCGAGGGCUAAACUUAGGUGUGAUCUUGGGCAAGCUUUUAAUCGGAUGGGGUUUGAUCAGAUGGGAGAGUGUGUUGCCGAUCAAUGGAGUAAGGAUGACGAACACACGUUCCGAAUGAUUGCCAGGACACAUCCAGCGUCUAAGGGCAGAAAUUUUUGGGACUAUCUCCCGAAUGCCCUUCCUUUUAAAACGAGGAUGGAAUUGAAUAGCUAUUACUUCAACGUGUUUGUGUUGAGGCGGCGAGCUCUUCAAAACAGACUGGGCGAUAAAAUUGACAGUGACGAUGAUGAAGGAGAAUUAGGCGGUGAAUCCGACGAUAGUGUUUACGCAUCCACAGACGAUGACGAAGAGGAUGAGGAGGUGUAUGAUCUUAGCGACGGGGCGGAUGAUGGUGGAAGUGAAGGCAUACCGGACGCUUAUCCUCUGAAAGUUCUAGAUGAUGUAGAGAUGCGGAAAUUCAGAAAUGUUCCAGAUUAUCCCUUCAGUGCCGCGGAGGGGGUGGUCCAUCAUGGAGGUGAUAGAGUCCGAACAGGCUCGUUAGUUGUGGAUCUGGAAGAUGUAGUCAACUAUUGUACACACGACCAUGCUGAUUCCUCACAUGUUGUGUUAGUGUGGGAUGACAAGCACCUGGAGUCUUCGAAUUUAGUGCCGCAAGGAAGGCAUUGGGAGGAUCCUCACUGGGAUACUAGGGAUCACCAGCAGGGGAGUUCUGUUCUUGGUGAGGAUGUAUCUAGUAGACAGUUGUCCCCACCCACCGGGAAGGAAGGUACUCAACAGUCCUCUGGACUUGGGGACUUAUGGACCCAAAAUAUGGAGAUGGCUCCAAAGCAGGAGAAGGAUAGACUUCUCUCCACGAACGGAGUGAUCCUAGAACUCUUCGGUGAUGAUGUAAGAAACUAAGGCAAAGAUCUUGUGUUUCUCUAAAUUACCUGUAAUUUUCUAGAAAAAUCUGCCCUUAAGGCAACCGACAUAAUUUAAUCGAACGAAGCUCAGGAUUUCACUUUGAAACCGGAUUUUCGUAUCUAUUUUUUUUAAAUACUUUGUUUCUUUAC